UAAAGACUAGUCAGAUAGCUGUUGCCUGUUAGUGUUUUUAUACUGUGCCUGAAAUGAAAUUACCAAAAAGUGCAAUUUGUGUUUUUAUUGUAUAUAAUAAUUAAUCUUAAUCUCUAGCUCUGACUUUCAUUAAUUUUCUUUGUAAUAUUUCUGAAAUAUACACAGAUUUCAUAGAAAACAUAACAACCUGGGUCUGGGUCUUGUUACAAAGUAAUUGUUAUAACUAGGAAAAUAUACUUUGUAUCUCGUAAGGUAAGAAAGAUGAUUCAACCGGACUACCCCUCAGCAAUGGGUCUAUUGUCCCAUUUAAACUCUGAUGAGCUUAAAGAAAUGCUAAACGAUGAUGCAAAGUUUGAUGUAGUACUCAAAGAUGUGAAACAGAUUAAAGAUUGGGAUACGGAAAAGGAAACCAUAAUAGUUAGUAACAGAUCUAUAGCCGAAUACAACUUAAGUAAAGAACCAGAACUAGAAGGACUAAAAGCAGAGGUUCAAGAGAAGUCUGAAAUUGGAGAAAAUCUUUGUAGCCGGAUUCAGGAAUUACUUGAUGAAUAUAAAACAAAAUCUGCUGGAAUUUCACCUGAUACCACACUGGCAUUAUUACAAACAGCUGCAGCAGAAACUGAGGAACAGUCAGAAAAUAUUGCAUCAGACUUCCUAACAGGCAAGAUUGAUGUUGACAAAUUUCUUGAAGACUUUGAACCAAUUCGAAAGUCAAUGCAUUUAAGGAAAUUCAAAGCAGAAAAGAUGAGUGACUUACUGCGGUCUGGUCAGAGUUCUUACAGUAAUGAUGUAUCAAAACCUUAUUUACCGUAUCCAAGCUAUGGUACACAAGGCGUACCAAGUGUCCCUUAUCCAAUGGGUCCCUUGAAUAUGCCUAUGCCUGGCAUGUAUGGUAACCAUUUUUGAGCUUUAAGCUACAAGUUAAUAAGCUACAAACUAUACAGAACGAAUUGGAUUAGGUAAAAAAAAACAACCAUGUGGCCAUAUUUAUGCAAAUAUUAAUACACUGUAUAAAUGCAUCCAAGAAAAUACAUAAUUUUCUAAUUGUCACAAAUUUUUAAAUUAGAAUGCACUUUAUUCUUUAUUAGCAAAAACUAUAUUUAUGUUCACUGUUUCCAGCUCAAGUUUACAGUGUAAAUGUAAUUUUAUAACUGUCCAUUUGAUAUUGGUGCUUGUAAAUAGUCAAUCAUUUACUCAAUUCAUAGUUAAGGAAAGUAUAUCUGAUGAAAAUAAAUAAAUUUUAAUUAUGUAAGUAA